UUACUUGGUGUUUCUAGUUAGCUGUAAUACCAUUUUCUUCUCCAGUAUUCUAAUUUAAUGGCUGAAAAUGCAUAGGACUCUGCCAUGAUUUCUCACAUGCAUGAUCCAAGUACAUAUAAAAACAGCAGACCUCAGAGAUUUCAUCAUGUCAUGUGAACAUAGAACAUUGUUAAAUUGCUGCUAGUUGCAGAGUUGCAGCAAACUUCUCUUUCAUCUAAAAAAAAUUCAAGUUUUUUUUUUCAUUGAAUGGAAAUGGAAACUAGCUCAGUUUCUAAGCUGUUAAUUUUGUUCUUCACGGCCUUGUUUGUGAGUUCUAAGCUGAUCUACUGCACCAUUACGUAUGACAAGAAAUCUAUUCUCAUCAAUGGAAAAAGGAGAAUCCUCAUCUCCGGCUCCAUUCAUUAUCCCAGAAGCACCCCUGAUAUGUGGGAGAGUCUUAUACAUAAGGCUAAAGAGGGAGGCUUGGAUGUCAUAGACACCUAUGUCUUCUGGAAUGGUCACGAGCCUUCUCCAGGAAAUUAUAAUUUCGAAGGGAGAUAUGACCUUGUCCGGUUCAUCAAGACGGUGCAAAAAAUGGGAUUAUACGCUAAUCUUCGCAUUGGACCCUACGUUUGUGCAGAGUGGAACUUUGGAGGAUUUCCAGUUUGGCUAAAGUAUGUUCCUGGUAUCAGCUUCAGAACAGAUAAUGAGCCCUUCAAGAGUGCAAUGCAAGGAUUUACCCAGAAAAUUGUCCAAAUGAUGAAGAACGAAAAACUUUUUGCAUCACAAGGUGGCCCCAUCAUCCUUUCUCAGAUUGAGAAUGAAUAUGGUCCUGAGAGUAAGGCACUUGGAGCAGCUGGUCAUGCAUACGUUAAUUGGGCAGCAAAAAUGGCGGUCGGACUAGAUACUGGAGUACCAUGGGUCAUGUGCAAGGAAGAUGAUACCCCAGACCCUGUGAUAAAUACAUGUAAUGGCUUUUACUGUGAUGCAUUCUCUCCUAACAAACCUUACAAGCCUACAUUGUGGACAGAGGCUUGGAGUGGUUGGUUUACGGAAUUUGGUGGUGCGAUUCACCACCGGCCGGUUCAAGACUUGGCCUUCGCAGUUGCUCGUUUCAUACAAAAGGGUGGCACAUAUAUUAACUAUUAUAUGUAUCAUGGAGGAACCAACUUUGGACGGACUGCUGGGGGACCGUUUAUUACAACCAGUUAUGACUACGAUGCUCCAAUUGAUGAAUAUGGAUUAAUCCGGCAGCCUAAAUAUGAUCAUCUAUUGGAGCUUCAUCGAGCUAUUAAGCUAUGUGAACAUGCUUUAGUUUCCUCAGACCCUACUGUUACUUCUUUGGGAACCUAUCAUCAAGCUCAUGUAUUUUCUUCUAAAGGAAGCUGUGCAGCUUUUCUCUCUAAUUACAAUACGAAAUCUGCUGCCAGGGUGAUUUUUAAUAACAGGCACUACAAUUUGCCCCUUUGGUCUAUUAGCAUCCUUUAUGAUUGCAGAAACGUGGUGUUUAAUACUGCAAAAGUUCGGGUUAAAACUUCACAUACCCACAUGGUGCCGACGAGCUCAAAGAUGUUCUCUUGGGAGACUUGUGAUGAAUCCAUUUCUUCUCUGGGUGAAAGUUCGAGACUCACAGCUAACGAACUCCUGGAGCAGAUGAAUGUCACCAGAGAUACUAGUGACUACCUGUGGUAUGCAACAAGUGUCGACAUCAGUCCAUCGGAAUCGUUUCUACGAGGAGGACAAAAGCCAACUCUCAAUGUGGACUCAGCUGGCCAUGCCCUUCAUGUUUACAUCAAUGGACAGUUUUCGGGGUCAGCAUAUGGGACUAGGAAAGACAGGGCAUUCACACUUUCAGGGCCAGUGAACCUACUUGCUGGAACAAAUCAUAUUGCACUUGUCAGCAUAUCUGUCGGAUUACCGAACGUUGGACUGCAUUACGAGACAUGGAAAACGGGAAUUGUGGGUGUUUACUUGAAUGGCCUUGACGAAGGAAAGAAAGAUUUGACAUGGCAGAAAUGGUCGUACCAGGUUGGCUUGAAAGGAGAAGCAAUGAAUUUGGUCUCUCCAGAUGGGGUCUCAUCUGUUGAAUGGAUCCGAGGUUUACUAGCUGCACGGAGGCAGUCCAUGACAUGGUACAAGGCAUAUUUUGAUGCCCCAGAGGGUAAUGAUCCAUUGGCUUUGGAUAUGCGGAGUAUGGGAAAGGGUCAAGCAUGGAUCAACGGACAGAGCUUAGGAAGAUAUUGGAUGGCGUAUGGGAACGGUGACUGUGCAACUUGUAGUUACUCAGGGACAUUCCGACCGACAAAGUGCCAGAGCGGUUGUGGCCAUCCAACACAAAGAUGGUACCACGUUCCAAGAUCAUGGCUAAAACCAAGAAAGAACUUGUUGGUACUCUUUGAAGAACUCGGCGGCGAUGCAACUAAGAUUUCUCUUGUGAGGAGAACAGUUUCGUAUAAGUCGCGUGGACACCAUCACAAGUCGGGAGGGAAGAAUAAAUAAGAUAUUGCAGUUUGGUUAGUCUAAAUGAGAUUUGGGUAUUGCUUAAAUGUAGCAGAAAUGUAAGGGUUUUAGAAAUAGGCAGUCAUAAUCAAUCAGGUUUGGCAUGGGUGAUGAGAGUCAAGGCAGCUGAUAUCUGUGUUUGAAAAUCCAAUUUUGUGAUUGUUUGGAAAGCAAGAAUCAAUGUUAUGCAGCCGUGAUUUGAAGAAAUGAAUCAUUCUUGCUGGUGAUGCAACACUUAGAGAUUUUAUUUCAACAGGUACGCUUUAUAGAUGUAAUUACUCAAAUUUAAAUCUAUUAAAGAAUGCAAUAUUUUCCUUUGCUAA